AUGGGUGUACGAUCACCACGAUUGGAAAAACAUGCUCUGCAAUGUGCUCCCAUGCUUGGUAUGAGUCGUUUAGCUAACCUAUUUCUGACCCUAUACGUAACUUUCGUCAGUAUUAAACCUACCCUUCUUUGCGCUACUCGUAUGGAGGCUGGGACUGUGGGACAAAUACCAUGUUCUAAAAGAGGAAAUACAAACUCUGAAUUCUUUUACCUGAAACACUAUAACUAUGAGGAAUCGAUUCUUGAUAUCGCAGUACAUGACGUCACUGAAGAAAUUCGAGCAGAAGUCAGAGGUAAAUGCAACUAA